AAAUUCUCUGCCAUUUGACUGACGAAGACAUUCGACUAUUGAUGGAAUCGGAGGACGAAAUCUCAAGAGCCGGUCGUUUCAAGCGAUUGUUUCCUUCAAUCAAUUCUCGACAUUAUCUCAAAUAUUUCGAUCGACUCUUAUAUCCGAAUAUACUUUUGGAUGAAUGGGAACAACAAUAUUACGACAAUAGAGAGAAAGAUUCAACUCUUAUUAGACUGCGAGAACUGGUGUCGAGUAAACAUCACAUGUUUUAUGACAAUUCAGAACUUUUCAACACUUUUUUAGACAACUUUCAAGACAAUAUCUUUGAACGAAGUGAUGGUCUCAACGCCAGCCACGGCUUCUUGCGGUUUAUUAUUGGGCCGAAUGAUGAUCACUGA